AUGCUAUUCGAAAAUUCAGUAAUGGUAGCUAUGUUGUGUCGUAGUUUUUGGCUGUAUUUGAGCCGUGAAUGUAUCUCUAUCCACGUCGGUCAAGCCGGUGUUCAAAUUGGCAAUGCUUGCUGGGAAUUGUAUUGCUUAGAGCAUGGUAUUCAGCCUGAUGGUCAGAUGCCGUCAGAUAAAACUAUCGGUGGCGGUGAAGACUCGUUUAAUACAUUCUUUAGUGAAACUGGCUCCGGAAAGCACGUCCCGCGCGCACUCUUUAUUGAUUUGGAGCCCACUGUUGUUGAUGAAGUUCGUACCGGUACAUACAGACAACUCUUCCAUCCCGACCAGCUCAUCACAGGAAAAGAAGACGCUGCUAAUAACUACGCUCGUGGCCAUUAUACCGUUGGUAAAGAACACAUCGACGUAGCUCUUGAUCGUGUGCGCAAAUUAGCUGAUGCAUGCAGCGGUCUUCAAGGUUUCCUUAUCUUCCACUCUUUCGGUGGUGGUACCGGAUCUGGAUUCUCUUCUCUUCUUAUGGAACGUCUAUCAGUCGAUUAUGGUAAAAAAUCGAAAUUAGAAUUUGCCGUAUAUCCAGCUCCCCAAAUCGCUACGGCCGUAGUCGAGCCAUAUAACUCGAUCUUGACUACUCAUACUACUUUGGAACACUCUGACUGCGCUUUCAUGGUCGAUAACGAAGCUAUCUACGAUAUCUGUCGUCGUAAGUUAGAUAUCGAGCGUCCUACGUAUACCAACUUGAAUCGUUUGAUUGCGCAAAUCGUAUCAUCUAUCACCGCAUCAUUGCGUUUCGACGGUGCCUUGAACGUCGAUUUAACAGAAUUUCAGACUAACUUGGUACCAUACCCACGUAUCCAUUUCCCGCUUGCUACUUACGCUCCAGUUAUCUCGGCCGAGAAAGCUUAUCACGAACAACUGAGUGUGGCUGAGAUCACGAAUUCUUGCUUUGAACCUGCCAAUCAGUUGGUAAAAUGCGAUCCUCGUCAUGGUAAAUACAUGGCAUGUUGUUUACUAUUCCGUGGCGAUGUUGUACCUAAAGAUGUAAAUGCGGCUAUCGCUACCAUCAAGACCAAGCGAAGUAUCCAGUUUGUAGAUUGGUGUCCAACCGGUUUCAAAGUCGGUAUUAAUUAUCAGCCACCCAGCGUGGUUCCAGGAGGCGAUUUAGCUAAAGUACAGCGUGCAGUAAGCAUGUUGAGUAACACUACAGCAAUCGCCGAAGCAUGGGCUCGUCUUGAUCAUAAAUUCGAUUUAAUGUACGCCAAACGCGCUUUUGUUCAUUGGUAUGUCGGCGAAGGUAUGGAAGAAGGCGAGUUUUCAGAAGCUCGUGAAGAUUUAGCAGCAUUAGAGAAAGACUAUGAAGAAGUAGGUGCAGACUCUGGUGAUAUGGAAGGUGACAAUCAGGAGGAAGAGUAA